UUUCCAUAAGUACGAAUCCAUCAUCAACACUCACACAAAAUGUUCAAACUAGCCGUUUUUUUAUCAGCUGUUAUCAGUGCAGUCUAUUGCGUUCCUCAAAAUUACUACUUCGGCAACUAUGAAACAGCCCCGUAUCAACCUUCAGGCUGGAGACCAUCAGGGGCAGCUUUUCGUCUUCCAGAACGUCAGCAGGCGCUUCCAACAAUCUACGGACCUCCUCAGCCUGAGUACGGACCUCCAGAACCCGCAACAACCACAGAGGCUGUUGAUUCAACGACAACAGAAAUUCCAACAACGACUGAAGUAAACACUGAAGAGAAUGAAGCUGAAAACUUGAGCGAGCAGUUGAAAGAUGGGGAACAAGGUGCCUACUAUAUCUUUCAUCCCUCAGGACUCCUUCAGAAAGUGACAUUUGCCACCAAGGAUGACUUGGCCAACAUGGCAUACUAUGCUAGAAUCAAGUAUGAGGAUGUUGAACCAAUCAGAGGGCCAAUAUACACAUAUGAUCCAGAAACAGCUGAACUGAAAAGGAUUGCAAGGAGAGUUAGCUCAGCCCAAGAAUAUGAGCUUCUUGUCAAGUAUCACUCCAUUCGACCCUCCCAUCGAACGUUACGACAUGCCCUUGGGAAUCUUUCCCCUUCGACUGAAGAAAACAACCACGCUCUUCUCAGGGUUCAUUUCAAUUCUCCUUUGAGCAAACCGAAGAUGAAGUCUCGAGAUGGCUUGUUGCAGUCCAAAAUGAUCCAACUAGCCAUUUUCUUAUCCGCUGUUAUCAGUGUAGUCUAUUGCGUUCCCCAAAAUUACUACUUCGGCAACUAUGAAACAGCCCCCUAUCAACCUUCGGGCUGGAGACCAUCAGGGGCAGCUUUUCGUCUUCCAGAACGGCAGCAGGUCCUCCCAACAAUCUACGGGCCUCCUCAGCCUGAGUACGGACCACCAGAACCCGCAACAACCACAGAGGCUGUUGAUUCAACGACCACAGAAAUUCCAACAACGACUGAAGUAAACACUGAAGAGAAUGAAGCUGAAAACUUGAGCGAACAGUUGAAAGAUGGGGAACAAGGUGCCUACUACAUCUUUCAUCCCUCAGGACUCCUUCAGAAAGUGACAUUUGCCACCAAGGAUGACUUGGCCAACAUGGCAUACUAUGCUAGAGUCAAGUAUGAGGAUGUUGAACCAAUCAGAGGGCCAAUAUACACGUAUGAUCCAGAAUCAGCAGAGCUGAAAAGGAUUUCAAGAAGAGUUAGCUCACCUCAAAAAUAAUUAGUUUUUGUUCUUGAUGCAAUAAAAUGUGUCCCAAGUUUGUUCGACGUAAUUUCGUUCAAUAUUUAUUUAUGAUAUGGAGAGAUAUGUAUGUAUAUUGAUUUAUAAAUUAAAUAUAUGAGUCCGUAAGAAACAGUU